AUGGCACCCUCAACCCAUUUCAAGCUUAACACCGGCGCCCGAAUCCCCGCUGUGGGACUUGGCACUUGGAGAUCUCAACCUGGCCAGGUUCGCCAAGCAGUCUCGUUCGCACUCAAGAACGGAUAUAGUCACAUUGACGCGGCAUUGAUCUACGGAAACGAGCACGAAGUCGGCCAGGGAAUCAAGGAUAGUGGUGUCCCUCGCGAGAACAUUUUCAUCACGAGCAAGCUGUGGAACACCCAUCAGCCCAAUGUUGCGGAAGGUCUUCAAAAGACACUUGAUGCUUUGGGCACGGACUACCUCGAUCUUUAUGUAACCCAAACCUCUUCCUUCUUUUCUCCUUUGGGGCAGACGCAGCAAUCGACUAACACAACGAUCAGCUCAUCCACUGGCCAGUCCGACUUGUUCCUGUCAAACGAGUCGAGCGCACUUCUCCCAGUCAACCCAGAUGGCACCCGAUCCGUCGACCGAUCCUGGGACCAGAGCGAGACCUGGCGCCAGAUGGAAGAGGUAUACAAGGCCGGAAAAGUGAAUGCAAUUGGCUUGGCCAACUGGUCUAUCCCGUAUUUAGAGGAACUCAAAAAGAACUGGACCAUCGUCCCUGCUGUCAACCAAGUCGAGUUACACCCUUUUCUCCCUCAGCACGCACUGAAGGAGUGGUGCGAUGAGCAUGGCAUUCUCCUCGAGGCUUAUUCACCACUUGGCUCUGAAGGCGCUCCGCUCAUGUCCGAACCCGCAAUCCAGGAGAUCGCUCAGAAGAACGGCGUUUCGCCUGCCACGGUUCUCAUCAGCUACCACGUCAACAGGGGUGUUGUUGUCCUGCCCAAGUCUACUACGGAAAAUCGAAUCGUGAGCAACAGUCACGUUGUUCCUCUCUCCCGCGGGGAUAUGGAUGUGUUGAAUGGCCUGGCUGUGCAAGGAAAGGCGAAGCGUAUCAAUACGCCUCUAUUUGGAUGGGAUCUUGGUUUCGAUGACUGGUACAAGCAGUAA